GCGGCCCCGCCCCCGUCUCCCCGGCGCUCGGAGCCCGAGUCCGCGGGAAGAUGGCGGCCCCGCUCAUCCCGCUCUCCCAGCAGAUUCCCACUGGAAAUCCCUUAUACGAAUCUUAUUACAAGCAGGUAGACCCGGCAUACACAGGGCGCGUUGGGGCGAGUGAAGCUGCACUUUUCCUAAAGAAGUCCGGGCUCUCAGACAUUAUCCUCGGGAAGAUAUGGGACUUGGCCGACCCAGAAGGUAAAGGGUUCUUGGACAAACAGGGUUUCUAUGUUGCACUGAGACUAGUGGCCUGUGCACAGAGCGGCCACGAAGUUACCUUGAGCAAUCUGACUUUGAACAUGCCACCACCUAAAUUCCACGACACCAGCAGCCCCUUGAUGGUCACACCGCCGUCCGCAGAGGCCCAUUGGGCUGUGAGGGUGGAAGAAAAGGCCAAAUUUGAUGGAAUUUUUGAAAGCCUCUUACCCAUCAAUGGUUUGCUCUCUGGAGACAAAGUCAAGCCGGUCCUCAUGAACUCAAAGCUGCCUCUUGAUGUCCUGGGCCGGGUCUGGGACCUCAGUGACAUCGACAAGGAUGGGCACCUGGACAGAGAUGAGUUUGCUGUGGCGAUGCACUUGGUGUACCGAGCCCUCGAGAAGGAGCCUGUACCCUCUGUCCUGCCCCCCUCCCUCAUCCCACCUUCCAAGAGAAAGAAGACCGUGUUCCCAGGAGCUGUGCCUGUCCUCCCCGCCAGCCCCCCGCCGAAAGACAGCCUCCGCUCCACCCCUUCCCACGGCAGCGUCAGCAGCCUGAACAGCACGGGAAGCUUGUCCCCCAAGCACAGUCUCAAGCAAACACAGCCAACAGUGAGCUGGGUGGUGCCGGUUGCAGACAAGAUGCGAUUUGACGAGAUAUUCCUGAAGACCGACCUGGACCUGGAUGGCUACGUGAGUGGCCAGGAGGUGAAGGAGAUCUUCAUGCACUCGGGCCUCACCCAGAACCUUCUAGCACACAUAUGGGCCCUGGCUGAUACGAGGCAAACGGGGAAGUUAAGUAAAGACCAAUUCGCAUUAGCUAUGUACUUCAUUCAGCAGAAGGUCAGUAAAGGCAUCGACCCCCCUCAGGUCCUCUCACCGGACAUGGUCCCGCCCUCGGAGAGAGGCACUCCCAUCCAGGAUGGUUCAAGUUCUCUUGGAUCAGGGGAAUUCACUGGUGUGAAGGAACUUGAUGAUAUCAGUCAAGAGAUUGCCCAGUUACAGAGAGAGAAAUACUCCCUGGAACAGGACAUUAGGGAAAAGGAAGAGGCAAUCAGACAGAAAACCAACGAAGUACAGGAAUUGCAAAAUGACUUAGACCGGGAAACGAGCAGUUUGCAAGAGCUGGAAGCUCAGAAGCAGGACGCCCAAGACCGCCUCGACGAAAUGGAUCAGCAGAAGGCCAAGCUCCGAGACAUGCUGAGCGACGUCAGGCAGAAGUGCCAGGACGAGACUCAGAUGAUUUCCUCGUUGAAGACCCAAAUCCAGUCUCAGGAAUCUGACCUCAAGUCCCAGGAAGACGACCUGAACCGGGCCAAAUCGGAGCUGAACCGAUUGCAGCAGGAAGAAACCCAGCUGGAGCAGAGCAUUCAGGCCGGGAAAGUUCAGCUGGAAACCAUCAUCAAGUCCCUGAAAUCGACGCAGGACGAAAUCAACCAGGCAAGAAGCAAGCUGUCCCAGCUGCAUGAAAGCCACCAAGAAGCCCACAGGACCCUGGAGCAGUAUGACGAGGUGCUCGACGGGGCCCACGGCGCCAGCCUGACCAACUUAGCCGACCUGAGCGAAGCCAUCUCCCUGACAGAGAGGGGCGGUUUUGGAGCCAUGGACGAUCCUUUCAAAAAUAAAGCCUUGUUAUUUAGCAACAAUGCCCAAGAAUUGCAUCCGGAUCCUUUCCAGACCGAAGACCCCUUCAAAUCCGACCCAUUUAAAGGAGCUGAUCCCUUCAAAGGUGACCCGUUCCAGAAUGACCCCUUCGCAGAACAACAGACCGCUUCAGCAGAUCCAUUUGGAGGGGAUCCUUUCAAAGAAAGCGACCCGUUCCGUGGCUCUGCACCUGACGACUUCUUUAAGAAACAGACAAAGAAUGACCCAUUUACCUCAGACCCGUUCACGAAAAACCCUUCCUUACCCUCAAAGCUCGACCCCUUUGAAUCCAGUGAACCUUUUUCAUCCUCCAGUGUCUCCUCAAAAGGAUCAGGUCCCUUUGGAACCUUAGACCCCUUUGGAAGUGGGUCCUUCAAUAGUGCUGAGGGCUUUGCUGACUUCAGCCAGAUGUCCAAGCCCCCAACUUCUGGUCCUUUCACCUCCUCCUUUGGAGGGGCAGGAUUCCCAGAUGACCCCUUUAAAAGUAAACAGGACACUCCCGCUCUGCCUCCGAAGAAACCUGCUCCUCCGCGGCCUAAACCGCCCAGCGAAGCAGUGGCUGAUCAGAAAAACUCCGUGCUGUACACACUGCUGGGUGGUAAAAGUACACCUGUAAGCCAGCUUGGUUCUGCAGACUUUCCCGAGCCCCCCGAUCCAUUCCAGCCACUCGGGGCUGACAGCAGUGACCCGUUCCAAAAUAAAAAGGGGUUUGGGGACCCGUUUAGUGGAAAAGAUCCAUUUGCUCCCUCCUCUUCAGCUAAACCUUCUAAAGCCUCUUCCUUGGGCUUUGCAGACUUCACCUCUAGGCUGUUGUGUUCAGGGACUCUUGGCAGCUGAGGUGUCGCACGCUUCCGAAGUCUGAAAACAAGACGCCAGAGGUUUCGUUAGGGUGUCGCUGCCCCCAGAAGGGUCUCCGUUGCCAGAGUUGUGAUGGGCCCGCCCCAGUGCAUUUGGAGCGGCUCGUGAGGACGGACGGACCCAGGCAGGACCCGCAAAGGAAGAGCCGUUUGAUUUCUCCGCGCUUAUUUAAGUUACCAGCUACAAGGCACAGAGAAGUCCAGCCCAGAACAACUGCCCUGACGCCCUUUCCCUUUGCCAAAACUAAACCAAAACCAAAACCCUCCCGGAGCCAGUUAGCAAAGCUAAGUGCCUUUUCAGAAGCUAAUCCUGGGAUUUCUGAAAGCCUGGCUUUGUUUCUCUCGGAGCGGAGCGCAAGAAAAGAUUCCAGGUUGUAAAACGCUGUCCCUCCAGGCUGUUUUCAGUACCUUCCUGGGUACCGAGAAUCUUGUUCUCUUCGAGAGCUUCAGAUGUUGUCUUCCCAGAACUGGUUUCACGGUCUGUCUGUCGCGCACUGUUUGUUUUUGAAAAGGUUUUCUUCAUUCGAAUUUGCAAAGUACUUUUGUUUCCUGGCUAGGGGUGGAGACGCAUGACCUAAUAGACCUCCUGGUCCCAGACUCUCUGUCCUAACACAGGCUCUGCCCUGUCGGUGCCCAGUGAGUGCCUGAUUCGCUUCAGAUCCACCUCGUGCACAGCUAGCCGUCCUGUGGCGUUACCGAAAUCGCCCGAGAUGCCGACACGUUCUCGGCUCUUGGCGACCUAUAAAUAUUUUACGACUGCCCUUAGCUGAAUUUUGUUGACAGCCAGUGCACACUGUGGAUGUAUACAAAUGGCAACAUUAUUAAUAAAAGCCCAAAACAAAA